AUGUACUUUGACCCCAUUUUGUCUGCUUUGUUCUGCGAUCCUGAGAAAAGCGCCUUGUUGCGAUGUUCGAACAUCAUAGCUGGUGAAACUGGGGAGAUGCGUCUUGAUGGCACCACUUCCAAGUUGAGCCAGCGCGAACUAGGGCCAAGCCGCGGAUUCGGUGAAGUGAAGUUGGCGCACCCCUCCACCGAUAAGCAUGCUCUAUGCCACGAUCUCCUGCGUUUAGCGAUUUUUGCUAAGGAUACUGUUGAUGCUAACAAGCUGCAAGCCGCGUUGACUUUCCAAAUCAACGGUUUCAACAUUACCUUUUUCUUGACGCGCCUUCGGCAGGAAAAUGGUCUGCUCACUUUCCCACGCUCUUUGGACGAACUGGCAUCUUUUGUAAAUCUGAAGAAUAUACACACUCUGCUGGCGGUGACCGACACUUUCUGGCGCUUGUGUCGAACUAUGAAAGAAGAAGAAGUAGAUAUCUGA